AACCCAAAUUGUGUAGAUCUCGUUCUGGAAGGUCGGAGCCGAAAAAAGGCAUAAAGAUGCCCAGGAAGAAGCUCAAAAGGACUCGAUCGCAGAAACAAGCCAAAGUUUUGAAGCAGGAGAAAGAGGAGGAGGAGCAACUGCUUCAAAGGGCCUAAAAUGGUGGAAGAGGAACAGCCAUCUGAGCCAUCUGGUCCAGCGCAGCAGGACCAAAACGCAGAAGACCAAAUCCCUGAGUCCAUGGAAGGAGAUCAGCCAUCUCAGACACCUAAAGACCAAAAUACAGAAGAUCAAAGCCCUACGUUAGUGGAAGAAAAAGAAGAAGAAGAAGAAGAAGAAGAUCAAAACUCUAAAUUGGUGUUGGUGGAAGAGGAACCGCCACCGCCACCUCAGGAUCAGCGUCAUGAUGAGGAUGGAACUCAUGACGUAGAAAACCAGCCCCGAGAAGCUGAGGCGUCGGAAGGAAUUCGUGGUCUAGAAAACCAGUCCGAGGAAAUUACAGCUCAUCCGGAAGUAGAAAAAGUAGAUGAAGAAGAGCUACAGCAGCUGCAACCACAGGAUGAACAAGAACAAAAACAAAAUCUCGAAGAAGAGGAACAGCAACAAUAUCUGCACCAAGAGGAGGAUAAUGAACCAGAACCAGAAGGUAUGACCCUUUCUCCUACGCUCCCUCCUCCUCCUGUGCACGAAAUUACUCUUUAUGACAUACUCCCGGACAAUCCCCCACACAAUGCUCCGAACGUCUCUCGGAAAGCCCCCAAGAGGAAGAAAUCCCUUAACCAGCGGCAACGUGCUGCUCUUGAGAAGAAACUUCAAGCUGUUAAGGAAAAUUUACAGCCAAUUCCUUUCAUCCCCAGUAAAACCCUAGAUUUCACCAAGCACGAGAAGCUUCUUAAGCGCCUAGGGUUGUGGGACUUUGCCCAUCUGGAGUUUGAUCGGGAGAUCCGAACAGAUCUUCUAGCUCAGUUGAUCGUCAAUUUCAACCCUCAAUUACGUUGCAGCUAUGUGAACGAUUUCCGGGUCAUGGUCAAUCGAGCUGAUCUCGGUCGAGCCCUGAAACUACCCUCAAAGAAAGAUAAGAUUAAUCAGUCGGAGACUGCGGAUUCUGAUGUUGAGAAGUAUCCUGAAGAAUUUGUUGGUUUUAUGGAGGAUUUUGUCUCACAUUGGUUUUUUCUCCAUGAGGAUACCUGGAUAUUGCCGAAUGAGAUUGUGGCAUGGUGUAAGCUUAUCAGAGAUGGGCACCCAGAGAAGGUCGACUGGCCUGGAUUGAUCUGGUUUAUGGUAGAGAAGGAACUCAUGCAGUCACCGCAUUUGGGCUCUUGUUACUAUGCAUCGCACUUGCAGUGCUUGAUCAAGGCUCAGCAUGCGGAUCUGCUUAAAGAAGAACCUGCAAUAGAUGUUUAUAUGAAGGAGGAAGAGGAUGCUGACAUUAAGGAAACCAAUUUGGAGGAUUUCCAGAGAGAAGAAAUGGAGUCGCAGCAGAUUGAAUUGAGUCUAGGACAUGUCAAAACUGACUGUGAGCAGGUUAGAGAUGAGGAUGAUGUUAUGGACUUCCAGGAUUGCAAGGAUGAUGAACCUGGACUUUGGCGUCUGGAUGGUAGGAACAGUGUUGGUGAGAAUUUCUUGCAGCGUUGUAAUCUAAACGAAGUGGGGGGUUUGGAGAGUGAACAUGAAAGGAAAGAAGUGAAUGAAGAAGAACAGUAUGAUCUUUCGUCAAAACCUACUAGUCUGGAGCGGUUAUCCUCUACCGAGCUGAUUCAAGCUAUGGGAGCUGCAAACAUUUCGUUCAAUACGCCUGCUCACCUUUUUAGUCACUCUUCUGAGGAACUUCUAACUUCAAGAAUGGAUGACCAUAUGAAUGAAGUUGGUCCAUCUACGUUUGUCAAUGGGUGCAAGAGAGAGCUAGAUCUUGACGAUGAUGUCAAUCAUCACUCUUUUAAUGAUCAACACAAAAGGAUGAGAAGUGAUGGUUCAUGGGACCAAAAGGAAUUGGACUUUGAUUUGUGCAUGGAACAGGUGCAAAGUUGGAUGGGUAAAGCUAGACUGAUGUAUGAAGCAAAAGAACAGGGGAUGAUGAAUUCUCAUUUAAAUCAGCAGGCCUUAAUCUCUGAGCUGCAGCAGCAGAAUAAAAUCAUUGAAGCUUUGCAUAGAUCAAGAUCUGAAGAGGAGCAGAAAAGACGACAGGAGAGUUAUAGGCUUGAGCAUGAAAUCUACGUCAUGAGCAAUUUGUUAAAUGGUUAUAAGGAGGCUUUGAAGGAAACCCGGCGGGCAUUCUCUGAAUAUAGACAACGUUAUCCACAGCCUGAUGAGCCACUUUACAAGGAUGUUGCUGGGCCUGGUGGUGUUGUUCUUAGCAUCAUGGAACUGGAAAAACAACGCAAGGAGCGAGAGGAAGAACUUAGGGCUACACACUUCAUGAUUGAAGAACAGAUGAGAGAAUUUGAACAAAGGUGGUUGGGGAAGUUGGACUUCCAUCUAAAAGAGGUACUUUUGCUGGGUAGUAGGCUGUUGGAUUUGGAGAAUGGAACAAAACUUCUUAAAGAAUCUUUUGUAAAGCGUGAAGUUUCACAAACUUGAACAUUUCUUUCAUUCGGUUGUAAACAGCAGUACGUACCUAAUCUUUCUUGUGAUAUUAUACCCUCUGGGUGAUAAUAGAAACUAAAGCUGUGUAAGUUGUCAUAAUUUUAUUGGUAGUUUUCUCUCCAUUAUGAUGCUGAGUUAAUGUUUCCAACUUAAUGAAUGUACAGUGAUU